GGUGUUUGCGCGCAGAUCUACUGACCGUGAUCCAAAACAUCCGGACCCGGACCAUCUGAAGAACACAAAUACUUUCAGCGUCCGAUGUGACUUGCCCAUGGUCUGCGAUCACUGUGCAUAUGUAACGCUUCCGAGACGCGAUGCAAACUUCAAAGGUACUGAUUUCUCGAGCUCCACUAUCCCGCUCUAUCGCUCGUAUAACCCGACUGUUGUGGACCAUCUCUACACCACGUCAUAUUCCGAGGUGCAGAGCGCAGCUGCAAACUCUGGUUACAACUACGAGGAGAUCGCUGUAUAUGUUUUCAGCACCAACGUAUGCGGAAGCAUUCCUCUCUACCGUCUGUACGACGCGUAUGGCACAGAUCACUUCUACACUACGUCUGCAUCUGAAGUGACCUACGCUACUUCCCAGGGUAAUUAUACCUUGGAGAGUGUAGGGGCUUACGUGCUUCCUGUUCCAUCUUAACGAUCUGAACUUGUUGCUUACAAGUAUAUAUCCUCGACCUUUUCCAUCGAUUUAGACACAUAACUUCUUUCGACAUGUAGGUACUGUGUAUAUUACUGAUAUGUCGUCGUGGUUUGCUUUUUCUGAUAGUCCGUUUUUCCUCUGUACUUACAUACUAUGCCGUCUCUGUCACAUCGCAACUGUUAACUUCAAGUUUGUCCUACGACUAGUAUCGAUAGAUUAUAUGACAAGCCUUCCAACUUGCCUAUAAAUUAGUCUGCUGAAUCCUGAUCCCAUCAUUCCUAUGCGUUAAGCUGAAGUACUUAUCAGUAGUAAGCUAUAAGAAGGG